GAGAGCCGCGACCUCCUCCGCCUCAUGGCUAGCUGCGACGCAUCAAUGCAUCAUGCGCAGCUAGGAACCCUUCGCUCCCGCUCCACCCAUCUAUUCAUAAAUCCGGCUACUCGUCUUCCCCGUUCUCGCCAAAUUGUCGGCCGGUGUAUGGGAGCUCACCACACAUUACGCUACAAGCUGCACUUGGGCAUGAGCUUGCUCGUUCAACCCAGCACUGGUCAGAAAGGAUGUACCAGUCCCUAAUGGCCUCGGUAUUGGUAAGCAAUAUUAAUUGCGUACACCAAACACCACAAGCACUCGAGCCUCGCGUCGGCGCCCCAAGGCGCCACCAUAUUCAACGCUCCAAGGGCACCACCACCACUGUACGGGUCCGCAAUGACAGCUUGUGACACCCCCCUCCAUCCUCACUAUCCGGGCGCUUUUGGCGUCAUCGCGCACGCUGAUAAGCAUGAGCAGUGUACCAGCUUGUCACCACAAACCACCGGUGUCCGCAUGCACGGUCCCCGCACGUCAUGCGAUGCCCUAGCGUCAUGCAUUACCACCGGACCAGACCAGACCUUGGCCACGGGGGUGCCCGAGGCGGCGCAUUCAGCCAGCCGCGUCGCGAUCAGCAUGUGGCGUCCCUUCGCUCAGCCGAAGGAGCAAGUGACGCUGUCGCCACCCAUGUUCGGGUCUGGAUCCAAGCAGUGCCUACACACCAAGCCGCACUACACAGUUUACUUACACCUUCCUCUGACAACUGUACGUAGUACGCCCCCACGCGCACACACCAUCAUGAUUGACUGGCAUCCUCCCACUGCCCCAGUACGUGCUGCGCCCUCGAUCUCCAUCGUCCAACGCCCACCCUCGCAUCUUGCUCGUGUCAGAACGCUAGAAGGCAUGCGCCGCGCGCUUCGUUCUCUUGUGCUUCAUUGCGGCGAGCACGCGCCAAGCCAAGAGCAAGAGGCGUGGCUUCGCCAUAUCAGCGAACGCUUUAACAUCAACUCGGUGCGGUUCGUGGACUACUUUGGAAGACCAUCUGCAACAUCUGAGACAUUCAUUGGUCGGUUCUGGACUACAGAUAAUCACGCUAUAUUAGAGCAGGACCGCAGCAGCAAGUUGCGCUACGUGCAAACCGCUUAUAUAAAUCCAGCUGUGGCCUAG